AUGGAGGGUGCGCCUGCCACACAGAAGCUCAGUAGGCCAAACGCCAAGCUCUCUUGGGAGAAGUUGACGGCCACGGAUGACCCCGUGCGCCUGGCACGAGAGGUCCUGCCAGAGCCGCCAGACUUCCCCGUGCCCGGCAAGGAGGACUUCACCAUCACCUUUGGGCCCUGUGCCAACCUCAUGAUCUACACAGGCGGGGUGGCCUGCUGCCUGCAGCGCUGCCCGAACUUUGAGAAGGUGAAGCCAAAGCUGCGAUUCCACGGCAACUCCUGUGGAGCAUUCGUAGCUUCCGUGAUGGCGGCGGACGUGGAGAUGCUGGAGAUGCUGCCGGAGAUGAUCUCGUGGACGAAGCGUUUCAAGUACCGCCUCUGGGGCUUGGUGGGCGCCUACUCUGCGAGCAUCACGGCAAUCGUGUGGCGCAUCUUCUCGCGGGAGGAGAACUUCCGGCGAAGCAAAGACCGGCUGAGCGUGGGGGUCACCACCUGGGAGCCCGUCCCCGGCCGCCGAUGCAUCGACAGCUUCAGCAACGUGCAGGAGCUGGUCACUGCUGUGCCCGGCACUUUGUAG